GGGCCGGGCUAGCAAGCGGCUUGGGGUUUUUUCCCUGCAAUUUCACCCGACCAGAUGCAAUGUAUAUCUCUCACACUGGAGACCAUAUCCGUCGGGCUGCUGCGUUUGUUUUCUGAUUUAGUUUUAUACUGUCGGGAGGGAAUAUACCGGAGAUUUGGGGACGCUGGGAGUUUCACCACCAACCAGCAGAUUACAACUCAUCACAAUGAUUGAGAUUGACUUGCCAAAAAUACAGCAGAGUCAACAGGAUGUGGACGUGAUUGACAUCCUGUGGAGGCAGGACAUCGAUCUGGGCGCGUGCAGGGAGGUGUUUGACCUCAGCCACCGGCAGAAGGAGCACGAGCUGCAGAGGCAGAGGGAGCUGGAGGAGGAGAAGAGCCGGCAGCAGCUGAGGGAGCAGGAGAAGGCCCUGCUGGCCCAGCUGCAGCUCGACGAGGAGACGGGGGAGUUCGUGCCACGCCCACCAGCCAGCGCCCCAGAGGCCCAACCAGCAGCCAUGCCCCCCGCAGCCACACAGAACGUUACUUUCUCAGAAGGGGAAGGGGAUGGCCUCUCCUUUGAUGAGUGUAUGCAGCUGCUGGCAGAGACUUUCCCACUGGUAGGAUCCGCUGAGACUGAAACCCCCUCUCUGGACCCCCCCAUCCAACCCCUGACCAGCAGCAGACCAGCCAUGAUGGACCCCCACGAACCUCCCCUGAUGGAGACUGACUUCAUCCCGACCUCAGAUCCCUCCCAGGGGGCCUCCCACGACCUGGAGCAAGCCUGGAUGGAGCUGCUCUCCAUCCCUGAGCUACAGAAGUGCAUGAACCUGCAGAUGGAGGACAUGCUAGAGCCAGCAAAUCUCACUGCCACAGGUUCUCUGACAGAACAGCAGGAGGCAAACUACAUCUUUUACAUGCCAAACCACACAGAUAUGGGGGGCGACACAACAGACACUGAAUAUCUCAAUACCUUUGAAGGACCCGUCACCAAUGCCCAAUCGCCUGACUACCACGUUCAGAGAACUCUUACAGUCCCGGAUAUAAGCGCUGCGUUGAGUGGGGACAGCUUCUGCGACCUGUUCUACCCAGAGAUAAUAACCACAAAACAGGACAGCACUGCCCCUGCCACCCAGCCAAUCAGCAGCGGGGAUGCAGGCCACCCAUUGGCUGAGUUAUCAAAGGACACACCGCUAAAGCCAAUGGGAAUUUCCAGAUUUGCACUGGAGGAAGGAUUUGAGAGCGUCAAGGCUGAAGUUAUGGGUGAGUUUCCGCAUUCAGACUCGGGGCUGUCCUUGGAUUCAAGCUCCGAGCCCAGUUCCCCGGAAAAGCCCAUGCAUGUGGAUGAGAGCUUUGGAAACAGUGACUCUGAGAUGGAGGAGAUGGGAAACAAUCCCGUUGGCGCAGAGUCUAACUGCACAGAAACAUGUGCUUCAUUCCACCAGGCAGACAAUUACCAAGCGCCUUCCUCUGUCCCUUCCCCACAAACGACGUCACAAGACUCAAAAUCCAGGAACCCAAAGACUGACCCUGCAGAAUACAGUCACCACCGCAAGCCCCCUUUCACCAAAGACAAGGCCAAAAGGAGCGCCAACUCUCGAUCCUCUCGGGACGAGCAGCAGGCCAGAGCCCUCCAGAUCCCCUUCACCGUGGACAUGAUCGUCAACCUCCCCGUGGACGACUUCAACGAGAUGAUGUCCCAGCAGUCUCUGAGCGAGCCCCAGCUCGCCCUGGUGCGGGACAUCCGCCGGAGGGGCAAGAACAAGGUGGCCGCCCACAACUGCCGCAAGCGCAAGAUGGAGAACAUCGUGGGCCUGGAGGCGGAGCUGGAGUCCCUGCGGGAGGAGAGGGAGCGGCUACUGAGGGAGAGAAGGGAGACCGGGACCAGCCUGCAGGAGAUGAAGAAGCAGCUGAGCAGCCUGUACCUGGAGGUGUUCGGCCUUCUGCAGAACGAGGAAGGCCAGCCCUACUCCCCCAGCGAGUACUCCCUAAAGCUGAGCGCCGACGGCAGCGUCUUCCUCAUCCCACGCACCAAAAAGACGCUCAGCAAGUGCGAAUAGCACAUAGCACUUCCUGGCUUACUUCUUUUAGUACGGCGUUAUGACAGUAGUACUGUUACAGAAAUUCUAUGCAAAAA